CGGGCCGGGAGAGGUCUUGGUUAUGGAUUCCGCCUGAGGUGGGCUUUAGUCCUUCUGGCUCUUGGCUCCCUUUCAGUCAGUAUAGCUGGACUGCCAGUGUGUGACCAGAAUAAGAAGCUUCAACAGAUGGGAAAGACUGAUUCCUUGCUUUCAAAAUCCAGGGGGUGGAGAAAGGGAAAAGAAUCAAAUAUUGAUCGCUCAAAUGAAUUUAAUUAAAAUGCUGCUGUCAAUAGGAAUGUUAAUGCUGUCUGCCACUCAGAUUUACACCAUUCUCACAGUUCAGCUGUUUGCUUUCUUAAACCUGUUGCCUGUGGAGGCAGACAUCUUAGCAUUUAAUUUUGAAAAUGCAACACAGACAUUUGAUGACCUGCCAGCAAGGUUUGGCUACAGGCUGCCAACAGAAGGCUUGAAGGGUUUUCUAGUAAAUUCAAAACCUGAGAAUGCAUGUGAACCCAUAACCCCUCCACCUCUGAGGGACAACUCCUCCCAUGAAUUCAUUGUAUUAAUCAGAAGACUUGAUUGCAACUUUGAUAUAAAGGUUUUGAAUGCGCAAAGAGCCGGCUAUAAAGCAGCCAUAGUUCACAAUGUUGAUUCCGAUGACCUCAUUAGCAUGGGAUCUCAAGACAUUGUUAUUUUAAAGAAGAUUGACAUUCCAUCUGUCUUUAUCAGUGAAGCAUCUGCUAAGUCUCUUAAAGAAGAAUUCACCUAUGAGAAGGGAGGCCAUAUUUUGUUAAUCCCAGAGUUCAGCCUUCCUUUGGAGUACUAUCUAAUCCCGUUCCUGAUUAUUGUGGGAAUCUGUCUUAUCCUUAUAGUUAUUUUUAUGAUCACAAAAUUUGUCCAGGACAGACAUAGAGCAAGAAGGAAUCGGCUUCAAAAAGAUCAGCUUAAGAAGCUUCCAGUACAUAAGUUCAAGAAAGGAGAUGAGCAUGAUGUUUGUGCCAUUUGUCUGGAUGAAUAUGAGGAUGGAGACAAGCUCAGAAUCCUUCCUUGUUCUCAUGCAUACCACUGCAAGUGUGUGGAUCCCUGGCUGACUAAAACUAAGAAAACAUGCCCUGUCUGUAAACAGAAAGUGGUUCCUUCCCAGGGAGAUUCAGAUUCUGAAACAGACACUAGUCAGGAAGAGAAUGAAGUCUCCGAGAACACCCCAUUGCUUCGUCCACUUGCUUCGGCUAGCACUCAGUCCUUUGGGGCAUUGUCAGAGUCUUACUCUCAUCCAAACAUGACGGAGUCUUCAGACUAUGAGGACGAAGAUGAUGACAAUGAAGAUAUUGACAGUAGUGAUGCAGAGAAUGGAAUGACUGAAGAGAGUGUAGUAGUCCAACUACAGCCCAAUGAAGAACAGGAUUACAGAGUGGCAAAUACUGUUUGAAACAAGUGGUGUUACAUGAACUGCUCUGUCCAAGAGAGCUUGACUCUUAUGUACAAGUACAUAGGGGAAGCACAUUGUGACCCUCCUGUUGCUUCAGUAGAAGCAGCUGUUCAUAUAGUGUUCUAUAUUGUUUAAUCUCAUUACCGGUUUCUUUUUUUGUUCGUUUCAUUUGUCUUUUGAAGGCAAACGUUCUAACUGGACUUCACAAUCGUAACAAGAGGCACUCCCAUCACUAGAGACUAUGCACACAGAAUAGAGAUGCUAUUUCAGUGUCUUGUUAAAAUCGAUUCUAGCCACGACACUAAAAAAAUUUCCUGCUUACAAGUGUGUAAAGUAAGUAGAGAUUAUAUUGAUAAAGUUAUUUAUUUACAUGUAUGGUAAGUACUACCCUACAAACCCAGCCAAAAAGUAUAUAGGUGUAUGUCUGUGAGGGCUUUCCUAGAACAGCCAGCACCAUUGCAAGAACAAGGUAGGCCUGUUUAGUAUUCAUCUCCAACAGAUGAGGGGAACAUAGGCUUUGAUCUCCAUAGCAAAGCAAUUUAGCUACAUUUUCUAUUAUGCUGUUGUGCUCGCAAGAACAGGUAAAAGUGGUAAAGGAAGUUUCAGCAUCACUUCAGCUUAAACAUCUGAAGAAAAUCAGGAUAAUAUAUUCAUUGGCACAACUUGCUAACAGCAGCUCAGCUCAUUUCUUACGACAGGAACGGGGACCAAUGCAGAACGGCAAAAUCAAACCAUCACAUAUAUAGAAACACUGACCAUUGUGUGCUGUUGAUUCACAAAUGAGAUAUACCUCUUAAUACAGAGCAUAUGAAGAUGCAUUUGUCUGCUAAAACUAUGCACAUAGAAAAAUCAAACUAAGUAUUGGGAUUUGAAAAUGAAUGCUUAUAAAUAUCUAACAGGAUUCUACUGACAAUAUAUCAUGAAAAGGCUAAAUUAUAUACAAUUGUAACUAUGUAGAAAUUAGCCACACAUCUGUAUAAUUAAACUGCAAAGAUUUUUUUAAUAUGGCCUUGUACAGGGAAGUUUGAAAGGAGGUUAAUAAACAUGUUUUCCACUUUAA